ACGACUGGCUGUGAGAGAGCGCGCGAGAGAGUGGUGUUGGUUGUUGUUGUCCUCUGCUACACCCGUUGUCCCUCCCUCCCUCCCUCUGCACCACCCUCCAUCUGUCGUUUGAUGAUGGCUGACCAGACGGCAUCCACUGCCGCUGCCUCCGGCGGCGAACGACCCAUGCGCCUUCUCUCUGUUCAAGAUCUGCGCACGCUGGCCCAAGAGGACAGCACAUCACAGUUGCUGCAAGAGUUUGAGCGCAUCCCAACCUUCAUGGCCUCCCCGGCUGAUAUCCCAGAUGGCACUGGCCCAAAGAACAGAUAUGUGAACGUGCUGCCCAGCCCGCACUCCCGGGUGAAUCUGGGAAAAGUCGGCUCCGACCACACAUCGACAUACAUCAACGCCAACUUUGUCACCGGUUACAACCAUGCCGAGAACACAUACAUCGCCGCACAAGGCCCAAAGGCCAACACCAUCUGGGACUUCUGGCGCAUGAUCUGGGAGCACAAGUGCAGGAUAAUUGUGAUGAUGACGGGGCUGAGGGAGAACGGCCGUGCAAAAUGCGACAAGUACUGGCCAGAUAUUGGGGAGACCAUGACAGACAAGACCACGUUCACAGUGCGGACGGUGGAGGACGUGGACUGUGAGGACUACGUGCUGACGACGUUCAGCCUGCAGCACAUCCCCUCGGGCGAAACCGUCAACAUCUCCCACUACUGGUUCACCAGCUGGCCCGACCACGGUGUGCCUGACGAGACGUGGCCUGUGCUUGACUUUGUGGGCGCCGUUCGCAAGCACGCGAACCAUUCGCACGACGCCGCGCCCAUUGUUGUCCACUGUAGCGCAGGCAUCGGCCGCACAGGCACCUUCAUGUGUUUGGACAUCUGCAUGCAAGAGUUGCAGAGCGAAUGGCGGGUGUGCGAUGUGUUUGGCACCGUGUACCGCAUGCGUCAGGAACGCGGUGGUGCUGUUCAGACAGGCGUCCAGUACACAUUCAUCCACAAGGCGUUGUAUGAUUACGUCACGCCUGGCCACCCAAAGUCCAUGUUUGGAAGCAACAUGCCAAGGGACGUUGGGCUGAUCAAGCCGUCUGGCGGCAGCUUUGGCUUCACCCUCCGCGGGUCCUGCCCGCCGUUUGUUGUCAAGCUCGACAAGCACGGCAUCGCAAAGGCAAACGGCAUCAAGCUUGCCGAUCAUUUGCUCGCCGUGAACCAGCAAGACACCAGCACAAUGGAGCACACGCAGGUGGUGGAGCUGAUCCGAAACUCAGGCGAUGUCGUCACCCUCACCGUCAUCUCAAAGGCCCCAAUCGCAUAGCCCUAUCGUGUCACUCCCUGCGUGUGUGUGUGUGUGUGUGUGUGUGUGUGUGAAUGUUUGUCUUUCACAUGGGUUUGC